AUGCGAUUCAGCCUGCUACUUCUGUGUUGUCUCUUCUUCGUCUCCACUCUUGGGGAUCCCAUAAGAGUAAAGAAAGAAGCUCCAUUGAGCCCACCCCCAAGUCAAUAUGCACCACCAGCAGCCUCUUACGGAGUUCCGAACCUAGGAAGCUCUUACAGUGCACCGUCUGACUCCUACGGUGCUCCAUUACCAUCUUCUUCCCAUGGUGCACCUUCCUCUUCCUAUGGCGCGCCAUCUUCCUCCUACGGCGCUCCAUCAGCGCCUUCCUCAUCCUAUGGUGCCCCGUCAGGUCCUUCUUACGGAACUCCGAUUCAAUCUUACGGUCCUCCGUCUCAAUCCUACGGAGCACCGGCGCAACCUCAAGGAAGAUACGAGAAGAAACUAACCUGGAAGGCGGAAUGGAAACAGGUUUGGAAGACCGAACAGAAAUUGGCGUGGAAACAGGAAUGGAAGAAGGUUCAGGUACCUGUUUGGAAGGAGGUUCAGGUACCUGCUUGGAAGGAAGUGAAGGUACCGGUAUGGAAGAAGGUACAGAAGCCAAUAUGGAAGGAGAUCCAGGUGCCGGUUUGGAAGGAGGUUCAGGUACCAGCUUGGAAGAAGGUUUGGAAGCCUGUUUGGAAGGAGGUGCAGGUUCCGAUUUGGAAAGAAGUUCAAGUGCCGGAUUGGAAGAAAGUCUGGGUGCCGGAGUGGGUCAAGAUUGGAAUUCCUGGUGAACAAUUCGUCGGUAAGGAUCAUCACGGCUGGCAGUACACCAGCCACGACUUGUGGAAGAAGAAAUUGAUCUGGAAGCCGGUGUGGAAGAAGAUCUGGAGAAGCGAGAAGAAGCAGGUUUGGGUGAACGAGAAGAAGCUUGAAUGGAAGGCCGAGUGGAAACAGAUCUGGAAGACGGAGAAGAAGCAGGUUUGGGUACCGGACAAGAAGUUAGUAUGGAAAGAGGAGUCUGUUCAAGUGUGGGUGCCGGAGAAGAAGCAAGUUUGGGUCACGCAGAAAAAGCAGGUAUGGAAAGACGAAUGGAAGAGCAAGUGGGUGCCUGUCUGGAAGGAUGUGCAGGUACCCGCGUGGAAGAAGGUAUGGAAGCCCGUUUGGGAGAAAGUUUGGGUGCCCGCGGAGCCUCACCACGACGAGCAUCACGGUUACAAGUAA